UUGGCAAACAACAACAGAGAAGUGCAGGGAUUGUCAACCGAACGGUAGAGGGGGGUUUCAUCCAGGAAAAAUUAGAUGAAUUUCAAGUAAAUUACCUCAGAAGCAUAACCAAAUGGGGAAGAGAGGCGUGUCUGCUGACAAGGGCCUGCGGCCAACCUCUCCUGUCCAUGUCCAUGUGGAUGAUGAUAUCCCAAUUCAUGUCCAUGUAAAACAAAAAGGGAAGUCAAAGACAAGAAAGGUUCCGUCAGUGGGAGGACCAGUAAGGCCAGCCUUGUCCAAAAGAAGCACUGCCUCUGCAAGAAGCAAAAGUCCUGGAGGAGCAUGGGUUCCGCCUCCAGGCAAGGCCACUAAGGGGUCAAAGGUCACUUGGCAGGGCCCCACCCAUCGCCUAGAGAUGAGCAACCCUCGUGAAACUCUUCACAUGAGCGACUUAGACACAGAUGAGGAAGAACAAGUCCAUGGACAAAUGAGGAACUACGAGAAGAAGAUAGAGGGUCUCAUGUCGGAGGUCGGGACGCUGAAGAAUGAGGCUGAGCUGCAAAAAACACUGAAGGAGAUGGUACAUAAGGAUGACUUACUACACGCUUCACGGCAUGUGAUGCAUGAACAGGAACGAGAGCUAGAUGAGUAUAAAGAUGAGCUGGACAUCACUGAACACGAGAACCAAAUCCUUCGACGGAGCAUGGAGAACCUUAAUGAUGAAGCUGCCUACUCAAGACUUGAAGUUAGUAUUGCAUCAGGGGAAAGAGAGAAGUUGAUGAAGAAACUCAUUGAAGUGGAAAUGGAUGGCCAAACAGCAGUGAAACACAUUGGAGAAUUACGGGAUGUAGUACGCAGGCUACGAGAGGAAAACAAACUUACUCAUGGUGACAGUGUACGGUAUGGCAAACAGAAAGACAUUCUCCUGGAGAAACUUGCUGAUUUCGAGGCCACAAACCGCACAUUAAGACGGCUGCUAAGGGAACAGCAUCAUGCAGAGGCUGCCGCUCUCAGAAUGGGGGAGCAGAGAGAUGGUUUGGUGAUGAAACUUUCUGACUCGGAGAGGCAAAAUGAGCGGCUACGGAUAGAAUUAAUGGACCGUGACCGUCUCAUUGGAGAUAUGAGAGCCAACAUUACUGCACAAAAGGAGGAGAAUAUAGCUCUUAAUGGACUCCAAACCACCCUAGAAAGUACUCGAGCACACUUACAAAAACAGCUGAGAACCAAAGAGGCCGACUGCAAUCGAAUGGCAGUGCAAAUCAGGACAAUUGAUGGAUCAAAGGCCCAGGACAAGAUAGAGAUUGAGCACCUGACGGAGCUCCUAUCCAAUGCCAAGGAAAAGGCAGAACGUGACAAGGAGGCCCUCAAAAAGGCUACAAGAGUACAGAAGCAGAGAGCUACCCGAAGUGAGGAUGCUCUCGAACAGCUUAAUAUUCAAAUGAUGGAGCGUGAUUCGCAGCUCGAGGAUAUGCGAACUCAGCUCGACCAGAUGGGUCCGAGAUACGAUAAGCUUUCUAAGGAGAAAUCACAGCUACUGGCAGAAAAUUCUGCUCUUACCACGCGGUUGGGUGAACUAGAGUCCCUGAUGGAUCGUGUGGAGAACAACACUAAGAUCCACCAAGAAAACACGACAGCAGAGCUGCAUGACAAACAGGGACAGCUUUCUUCGCUCAAGAUAGAGAACGAACGCCUUAAGACGUCUAUUACUACAAUAGAGGAAAAGUUCCGAGCAGCAGAUGAGGAGCUGGUUCAACUGCGUGGUAAUCUUAAACACUACGAAAACCUGGUGGAUGAGUACAAAACUCAGAUGAACCGCUGUCGGAUUGAAGCAGAUGACACAAUGGUACGUUUGGAAGAAACUGUAAAAGAAUCGGAGCUUAUCCAGGAAGAUGGAGAAUAUGAAUUAGAAAAGGUGAAGGCGAGGCUCCACAACCGCCUACAGGAGCUGGAGCCGCUGCCCGACAUGCUCAAAACUACAGAACUCAAACUCCAUGAUGCAAAUGAACGGAUCAUCAUGUAUGAACGGAAAAAUACAGAAAACACCAAACUCAUCACUGAGUUAACUGCCAAGUCUGAGAUUUCCACAGACAAGGUGGAGCACGUAUCUGACACGCUGGAACAGAUGCGAUCCAAAUGUCACGACAUGCAGGAUGACAAUCGCCUCCUUCAGGGAAAAGUCGAGUCCGUGGAAAGGAAGCUACAUGAUGCUGAAGACCACUGCCGAGAGAUGAUGACAGCUGUAGCCAAAGCUGAGGAGACUGCCCAUCAGCAAAACUUACGCCUGGAAGAGAAGAAUCGUGAGAAUGCCAGUCUGACCAGGCAGUUAGAGAAUGCUUUGUCAGAUAUAAGGCGCCAGAAUGACCAGAGUAGAGACAAAGCUUCACAAAAGGAGCGUACUUACCUGACCAGAAUAACUGACCUGGAGUCACAAAUCAGUCAGUGUAGGGCAGAGAUUGCCCGACUCAAACGGGAAAAAGAGGAGAAUGAGAGAAAGUUCAACUCCAGAUUAUAUGACCUCAAAGAUCGUCUCGAGCAGAGCCACAGUACCAACAGGAGUAUGCAAAACUAUGUACAAUUUCUGAAAAAUUCCUAUGCCAACGUAUUUGGAGAAAGCUCUAUAUCAUAUCCGUCAACACCAGGACUUCCCUGAAACAGACUUUAGCUAGAGAUAAUCAUAUCCAUCAACACCAGGACUUCCCUGAAACAGACUUUAGCUAGAGAUUAUAAUGAGUUAUUAGUCGGGUGAAAGCAUUAUUUAUUAUCAAAGUGCCAGUUAAACACUGUUAUUUUAUAGUAACUGAACACAAGAAAAUUUGUUUUGAAGUGGGUUGGAUGACAUUCCGUUUUUCUAACAAUUGUAUUGAUGGGAAGGUUGACUGAAUGUGUAAUGUUUUGGUUCAAGGAAAAAACGUUAACCUGUGUCCUCCGUCUUUUUUAGCGGUAGAGUUGUUUCAGUUCUUAAAGGCCAUAUUCACUCAAACAAAGUAAUUUAGGUUAAGUGGACAUUGUUCCUCUUUUGUAAAUUUAGAUACAAAACUUAAUGCAGAGAAUUCAGUCUGUAUUGAAACAUAUACAUGGUAGCGUAUAGACGUAAGUGCUAGUCGAAGUCUAAUUAGAUCUGAGGAAGGCAUUAUCCUUGUAUACACACAUUGUCCGUCCAUUUAUGAUAUGACCAUUGGAUAUUCCAUGGAGUUCAGCUGGACUACAGAUUCCAUUAUUCAGAUUUCAUAAAACAUUUGGUAGUAGGAGAAAACAGUUUGAUACGAUGAAUUCAAAGUCAACUACAGCACUUCAAUUUAUUUAUUUAUUCAUGUUAUUUAAAUCAAGAUUAUCAAGUUCAUUGCUCCUCUUGCCUGUGAAAUGAACACAAAAGAACAUGUUCAAACCAGAUCUUUUAUUUGUGCAAGUGGUAUGUUUCAAAUUUUGAAGUCAUUUACAGCAUCAGAUGUAUUCUUUGAUGUUGAUUAAAAAGCCAUUUCUUCAUUUGAUUUUAACAUCUCGUGCCAAUGUUGGGUAAAACAAAAUCUUGCAUUUUUUUCUCCAAUCAUAGAUAUUCAUUAGAAAAAUUGUUUGUCCACAAACGUGUAUUACAGAUCUGAAGUAAAAGGGGGGUUAGUAAAUUAUAAAAAAAAAUUGGAAUGAAAAUAACUUAAAAAAUUCAUUCUGUUGACUGUGAUAUUUCCUUUGAAUUCCGUGUCUUGUACAUAAUUUAUUAUACAAUUUUAUUAUUUACAUAUACAUAAUGUUCUUAUCAUGACAUCAUAAUACCAGCAACAUGGUAAGCUCAUCAACGCUGUAAUGACAGCACCCUGCAGCAGAUAAUUUAUUUGAAAAAUAAUCGUUGUAAUAAACGAAGAGUCACAAUCAUGCUUUAUACUUUAUUGUAAAAUAAUGUAUGUUUUAGACAAUUAGUUUCCUACUUUCUUCAAUCAUCUGUACCAAAGGACUUGAAUGUCAAUAUUAAAUCAGUACUUGAGCAUUCGUUAUAUUACUGUCGAUGGCACCUGUGGUAUAGGAUUAGGUGAUUAACAUGUAAGAUGGCUCAUUAUAGACGGAUUGAGACUUUCAUUCCUUUAGAAUUUUGAAAUGGAACAAGUGGUUCACAUUUACAUGUUCUGAAACAGAUUCAGUUUUAUUAGUAUUGCUAUAAUGAGCUGUUUUUAAAACAGUCUGUUGUGUAAGAAACAUGAAGUAUAGCGUGCAGCAUUUUUUUAGCCCUUGGAACUUGUUAAACUUCAAAAAAUUUGUUUUGAUAUAAAGCUUCAUUCCAUUGUCAUGGUAACAUUUUGAAGAUCAAAUCGAAAAGUAGAUAAUUUACUUCUCAUUUGUUAUGGAUUCUACAAUGAAAA